CAAUUGUCAAGUACAAGUAUCUCAAAGCAUUGCUUUAUCCUCUCUACUCAAAACCUCAAGGGUCUAGUAUAUGCCAAAGCUUCAUAUCUAAAGAAUGGCAUUUUCUUUGUGAGAAUAUAUAUAGUAUUGGGUGGUUUCUGUUUUUGAGGUGGUAGAAAAUGAUGUACGAUUCAAUAUUUUCCAGAAGCUUUAACAAGCAUGAGCAGAGAAGACUGAAAUAUGGAGCAUUUGUGAGCUGUUUUCUGCUUUUUUUGAGUCUCUGCACAGUGUUCAAGCCUUACUUGGGCCCUAUUCAUGAUUUGAAUCUGAGGCUGUCAAUGGGUGACGGGGUCAAAAUGAGAAUGGUCAAUGACAUCACUAGCUCCCCAAAAAUAGCUAAAGCAGUGAAGACAUGGUUCGAUUUUCUCAAUCUUAAAAUGGUUAUAAGGAUAAGGUCUAAAUUAUUAACUCUAAAGUAUUUCUUUUUGGUUGCCGUUGAAGCCAUUGCAACUGAGAACCUUGUCAAUGACACUAGCAGCUCUUCACCAGUGAAUGAAGACAAAGAAAUUAUGAUAAAAGUUGUAGUCAAUGACACCAGCAAUUCUCCACAAAUAGCUGAAGGAUCUGAAGCUGAAGAAGACAUCUCCACUAAGAUUCUUGUCAAUGACACCAACAGCUCUCAUGUACAAACAGUUCCAGUAACAAAGAAAGAGGAGCCACUAGUAUGCACUUCAGAAGUAAGAACAGAUUUCUGUGAGGCCUGGGGUGAUAUUAGAGUUCAGGGAAGUUCUUCUACUGUCUAUGUCGUGUCACCAGAAACAAGUACCUUGUCAGAAAGCAUGUCAAAGAUCAUAAAACCUUAUGCAAGGAAGGAGGAUGCAUUUGCAUUGAGCAUGGUGAGAGAAUGGUCAGUGAAGUCAUUAAAGGGUAACAAGCAAGGUCUUCAGUGCUCUCAAAAUCACACCAUUCCAGCAGUCCUGUUUUCCACUGGAGGUUAUGCAGGAAAUCACUUUCAUGACUUCACAGACAUUCUCAUUCCUAUAUUUCUGACUUCAAAAUUCAAUGGAGAAGUACAGUUUCUUGUAACUAAUCACAAAGCUUGGUGGCUUUCAAAGUACCAAAUACCUCUGAAGAAGUUGUCAAGCUAUGAGUUCAUUGACAUUAACAAAGAUGACCAAGUUCAUUGCUUCCCAAGUGUGAUUGUUGGUCUCAAACGGUACGAAAAGGAAUUGCGCUUUGACCCAUUAAAGCAUUCUUAUUCCAUGAAAGAUUUCAGGGAUUUCUUGAGGAGUUCCUAUUCAUUGAAGAGAGACAAAGCUAUCAGAUUAAGAGAUGGUCAACACAGAAAGCCAAGGCUUAUGAUUAUAACAAGAAAAAGGACAAGAUCUUUCACUAACCUUGAUCAGAUAGCCAAAAUGGCAAAGAGGUUGGGUUUUGAGGUUAUCGCCAUGGAAGGAGGUGGCAACUUAUCAAAAUUUGCAGAGAUUGUGAAUUCCUGCGAUGUUCUAAUGGGAGUUCAUGGGGCAGGCCUAACCAACAUAGUUUUUCUUCCAGAAAAUGCUGUUUUUAUCCAAGUAGUGCCAUAUGGUGGGGUAGAUUGGCUUGCCAAAAAUGACUUUGGAGUGCCCUCAAAGGAAAUGAACCUAAAUUACUUGGAAUACAACAUCAAGGUUGAAGAAAGCACCCUGAUUCAACAAUACCCACCAGACCAUUCUGUUAUAAAAGAUCCUUCAUCAAUUCAAGGAUGGGAUGCAUUUAGAUCUGUGUACUUGGAUAAGCAAAACGUGAAGCUUGACGUUGAUAGGUUUAGGCCUACUUUGCAGAAAGCCCUUGAGCUUUUGCAUCAGUAAGUUGGGUCAUUCGUCAUGAUUAUUUUUCCCUUUGUUUUUUAACAUUUCAGUGUACAUAAUAAGGAACAGAGAAACAUAAUAUACUUAAUUAUAUAUACAAGAAAGGAGAAACGAAGCUCAUCCUCAUGCAGGCAUUUUGUCGUAAGCUUGAGCAAUGAAGUUGGUUGUUGCUGUAAUUUUCUAAUUCCCCUUCAUCAAGUUGCCCUUUCGAGGAAAAAUGAUUUUUGUUGUUGAUAUUGUUCUGUGAUUGUAUUGCAAUUUUAUUUAAUGCAGAAAAGGCUCAAGUUGCUAAGCA